AAUCCUUUUUCUAAGAUUUUAAAGCUGUGAACGAACGCAUGGUGGCGCUGUUUACUAAAAAAGGCUUAUUAAGACGUGUAUUCAGGGCGGAGAGACUCACAGACCCAGUGCAUUCAAGUAGAAGUAGUGAACCUGGGCAGAUUGUUAAGCAAGGAAGGAAAUCUGUCUAAGCCUCCGGCAAAAAUAAUUCGCUAGGCCAACCACAAAAGUAAAAGACUGCUAUUCCCAGCAACAUCCGAGGAUCAGCUUGGACUCUGCUACUUGGAAGAGCACUGCAGGAGUACCAUGGAGAUCAGAGAGGAGUGCUUUCUUAAACAAAGGCAAGUCCUGCUGCUCGUUGUUUUUCUGGGUAGCUUUCUGGUUGGGUCCCAGUCCAAACGCUAUUCUGUGGCCGAGGAACGAGAGAGGGGCUUUUUACUAAGCAAUCUGGCACAGGAUCUGGGGCUGAGGAUAGAGGAACUGACCACGAGAAGAGUUCAGGCUGUGUCCAAGGGAAACAAACAGUAUUUUCAGCUCAAUCAUCAGACGGGCGAUUUGCAUCUGGAUGAGAGAUUGGAUCGGGAGGAGCUAUGUGGCCCCAUAGAGCCCUGUGUGCUGCAUUUUCAGAUUUUACUGCACAAUCCUUUGCAGUUUAUUGCAAAUGAGCUCCAGGUCAUAGAUGUAAAUGACCAUGCUCCAGUAUUCUUUGAAAAUGAAAUGAGACUGAAAAUCCUGGAAAACUCUCCAACAGGAGCGGUAAUUCCUUUGGGAAAUGCUGUGGACUUGGAUGUGGGAAGAAAUAGUCUCCAAAACUACACAAUCUCUCCCAAUUCCCAUUUUCACGUUCACAUACGCAGUCAUAGGGAUGGACGAAAAUAUCCAGAACUGGUACUGGACAAAAGGCUAGAUCGGGAGGAGCAGCCAGAGCUCAGGUUAACCAUCACAGCCAUGGAUGGUGGAUCUCCACCACGGUCUGGGACAGCCCAGAUCCACAUCCUGGUUUUAGACAUAAAUGACAAUGCCCCAGAAUUUGCACAGUCACUCUAUGAGGUUCAAAUUCGAGAAAACAGCCCUAUAAACUCUGUCAUUGUCACAGUAUCAGCUUCUGAUUUAGACACAGGAAAUUUUGGAAUGAUAUCAUAUGAAUUUUUUCAUGCUUCUGAAGAAAUUACCAAAACUUUUCAACUAGAUGCCAUUACUGGUGAUAUACAACUAGUAAAAAGUUUGAAUUUUGAAGAAAUUAAUACUUAUGAAGUCAACAUUGAGGCAAAGGAUGGUGGAGGGCUUUCGGGAACAUGUACAGUCCUAGUUCAGGUGGUGGAUGUGAAUGAUCACCCCCCAGAGCUGACUUUGUCUUCAGUUAACAGUCCUAUCCCUGAGAAUUCAGUAGAGACUCUAGUGGCUGUUUUCAGUAUUUCUGAUCUAGACUCCGGAUACAAUGGAAAAGUGUUCUGUUCUAUACAAAACGAUCUCCCUUUCGUUCUGAAGCCAUCUGUAGAAAACUUUUAUACCAUAGUGACAGAAGGAGCAUUGGACAGAGAGAGCAGAGACGAGUACAACAUCACCAUCACCGUCUCAGACAUGGGCACACCCAGGCUGAAAACGGAGCACAACAUAACAGUGCAGGUGUCCGACGUGAACGACAACGCCCCAGCCUUCAGCCAAACCUCCUACACCCUGUUGGUCCCAGAGAACAACAGCCCCGGCCUGCACAUAGGCACAGUGAGCGCCACAGACACAGACUCAGGCACCAAUGCCCAGAUCACCUACUCGCUGCUGCCGCCCCAGGAAGGCGACCAAGACCCGCAGCUGGCCCUCGCCUCGCUGCUGUCCAUCCACGCGGACAGCGGGCAGCUGUUCGCCCUGCGCGCGCUGGACUACGAGGCGCUGCGGGCCUUCGAGUUCCGCGUGGGCGCCGCCGACCGAGGCUCGCCCGCGCUCAGCAGCCAGGCGCUGGUGCGCGUGCUGGUGCUGGACGCCAACGACCACGCGCCCUUCGUGCUCUACCCGCCGCACAACGCGUCGACGCCCUGCACCGAGCUGCUGCCCAGGGCGGCCGAGCCCGGCUACCUGCUCACCAAGGUGGUGGCGGUGGACGGCGACUCGGGCCGCAACGCCUGGCUGUCCUUCCAGCUGCUGCAGGCCAGCGAGCCUGGGCUGUUCAGCGUGUGGGAGCACAAUGGCGAGGUGCGCACCGCCAGGCUGCUGAGCGAGCGCGACGCGCCCAGGCACAGGCUGCUCGUGCUGGUCCAGGACAAUGGCGAGCCGCCGCUGUCGGCCAGCGUCACGCUGCACGUGCUGCUGGUGGACGGCUUCUCGCAGCCCUACCUGCCCGAGGCCGAGGGCGCGCGCGACCCGGCGCCGCCCGACGCGCUCACUGUCUACCUGGUCAUCGCCCUGGCGUCCGUGUCUUCGCUCUUCCUCUUCUCUGUGCUCGCGUUGGUGGCGGUCAGGCUGUGCAGGAGGAGCGGGGCGUCCUCGCUGGCUGGCUGCUCUGUGUCCGAGGGCCACUUUCCUGGACACCUGGUGGACGUCAGCGGGGCGGGGACGCUGUCCCACAGCUACCAGUAUGAGGUGUGUCUGACUGGAGGCUCAGAAACCAGUGAGUUCAAGUUCUUGAAGCCCAUUAUGUCCAACUUUCUUGUUAAGAGUUCAGAGAGGGCGAAUGAUGCAAGCCCCAGUUUCAGGAAUAUAGAAUUCAGCUAAAUAUUGACAAUGAACUACUGAAUCUUUUCUUAAUUUGUGGAAACCUUUUUUUUUUUGUUUUGUUUUGCCAAGUGAAGGUGUCACUUCUCUUUAGAAAACAACCUAUACAACCUCUUUGCAUGCUGUUAAUGUUAUAUAAUGAAUCUAAUUAUUAUUUAUAUUCCUAUUGACUGAUUCAAGGCACUUAGCAGAAUUAUUUCAGUGACAGAAACAGAAGAAUAAAAACUAGGUAUUGUUUAUAAAUAUUUCCUUUAUAAGUCAAGGAUAUUACUUGUUAGGAGUUUUUAUGCAUUAAUUUAAUAUAUAUGUAUAUAUUUGCAUAAUAAUCCAUAUUUUAUUUUUCUUAUCUAUUUCAUGUUACCAAUGCAGUCUUAGUGCUUCAUUUAUUUUUUUCUAUUUUUUUAUGUUUUUUAGGGAGACUGAGAGUGAGUAAGUAAAUCAAACUCUAGACACGUUCUCCACGUGGUGGUCAUGUGUGACCUUGUGCUUGCCUCACUUUUGUGUGUCUGGCUUAUGUGGACUGUAAAGAGAGAUAAAACAUGGGUCCUUAGGCUUCGCAGGCAAGCACCUUAAUCGCUAAGCCAUCUCUCCAUCCCCUUCACUUACGUUUGCUAGUAGGGGCUUUAAGUUAACCGUAUUUUAUUGUGAUUAAAAUUAUGCCUAUUUAAUAACUGAAAUGCUAUGUUUGAGAGCAGUGUAGUAGACUGCUUUCCAAAUCCCCAAUUUUGUAAUUUAUGCCACAGAAUAAAUUCAUAUGAUUUGCUGUAUAUUAUUCCUAUAGUAGCUUUUUGUGAAAUAAGUUUUCCUUAAAUUGUAGUAAUGCAUAUUUUAGGGAUAUAGUGCUUUAAAAGGUUAUAUAUCUAAUUCAUUUUCUUUAUUGACAAUUAUAAUUAAAAAUUUAAUAUUAUAUACAUUCAUAUUGGCCCACAUGUGUAGCAAUGUAGAUGAAUAUAGCCAAUUACUGCCAAAUAAAUACUCUUUAGGAUUACUAAAAGCAUAUUCACUAUGACUGCAAAAAAUAAACAGAAGUCAUUUUUAAUGGCUGAGUAUAAUUUCCAUUUUGCAUCAGACAUUAUUUGGUGAGACAUGUGGUGGGAUGGCAAUGUAGUUUGUUAAUCUGAGCUGUAAAUGUAAGCCUUGAUAAAUUAUUUCUAAACAUCUUAAAAUAAAAGUAUUAUUCUCUUUUA